AUGGCAACACCUGUGAAACAAAAUGUGAGAUGGUACAGCCCGCCUUUCACACUCCCUGUGGAUCUUGCAAAAGCCCAAGAUUGUGUCCGCAGCAAGCCCCAAGAUUCAGCUCAAGCCAAGUACCAGUCCACAUUGGCAGUCCAGAGGUAUUGGUAUCGGGUGUCAGAGCCUAGACACAUGCAGACAAAUCGCAUAGGGCAGGAGAUGCGUCCCGCACCAGGAGAGGCAGCCACGGCAUGGGGCGUGACACCGCGGCUAGGUCCUGCGGCACCUCCUCGACAUGCGACAAUCGCAGCCUAUCGGGCAGGUGCUACAUCACAGAAGCUAUACAGGCCACUCUCUGUUGAGAAAGAGCUCCCUCAUUCUGCUAUGUACCGACAACACAGAUACAAGGGCGAAGAGCCAGAAUUCUCGACAAUGAUUAGCAAGUUCGUCCUCCAUCUGUCUGAGUUAUCCGCUUCCCCUUUAGACCCAGAUGGUAUUGACAAAUCAACCAUGCGGUACUUGGUGCUCGACAAUCUAGGGAAAACCCUUCUUUGUUCUCCUUUUUUGAAACUCCUUUGUGAAGAUUGUCACCCCUUGUAUUCCAUGCGCAGAGAGAGGGCCGAAAGGUUGAAGCGGCAUCUGGCAAAAGUGUGCCAAUACUUUGGCGGCGUUACACAGCUCGUGAAGAUGGCGAAAAAGUGGUUUCCCGAUGGGCAGAUCCUGUAUCGCUGGGUCCAUGAUACCUUCGUUGGUUUAGGAGAAGAAACCCCUCUGUUCAAAGGAUUUGCAGGGCCUCGCGGUCUUCGCCGGCCCACUGAUGCCAUUAAUGGAUUAGACCAGCAUGCUAUUGGAUGUAGCAAGCGGAGCUGUUUCUGCUGCACCCUUUGGAUAGACACAUAUAACGAGCAGUUUGGGAUGGGAUGGAUAACAAGUGACGCUGCAACACACGGGGCUGGUGUCGAUGAGGCUGUGGUACGUCAGGUUCAGACGCGCCUGGUGAACGCACUCUCGUGGCUGUACCCAGAGUCGAGGAGGAUGUAUGACGACCUAGAUUCAAGUGAUGAUGAAAUUUUGGGCUCGGAGCAGUCUUUUGAAGAGGACGACAAGAUAAUCAUAACUUAA